CGAUUGUUUGGACGAAUUAAAUGAGUUUACAAAUCAAACGAAUGACCAAGACGACGGUGAUGGUCUAUUUCCUAAUGAUGAGAAACACAUAUCUAAGUUAAACCAUUUUAGUGUACUUGGUUUGUUUGACCUCAAGUCUUAGAAUGUAUGCCAAUCUUUCUUACUCGGUAGAAUGACAAAGGCUCCAUUCACCGUACCAGCCACGGUGAAAGGGCGAGUGAUGUAUUGGGCCUCAUACACUGAUGUGAGUGGCCCAAUCAACAGUGAAGCUAGUGGUUAUCUUUUGAGCUGUGAUGGAGGCUGCCCACCGGAACUGGAGCUGCUACGCGUCUGCCGGCCGUUCGUCGCGCCGCCUGCCACCACCGCCGACGACCACCAUAGCAGUGGCCAAGCCGCUGCUUUAUUCUCGUGUGUUUCCCCCUCCUUGGAGCUUCGACUCAUCGCCAAUUUAUAGCAAGAAUUAUUUAUCCGUUGGAGACUUGAAUGAGGGGCGAGAUUUUAGGCCGAACGUUGGAGCUUUGAUUUGGAGCGGG